AUGCCCCCCCCACCUCCGCUCUCUGUGGUGCUCCCCACAGGGGCAGGAAGCGCCUGGGCUCCUAUUGGCUGGCGCGGUUCCCAUGACAACGCGGGCUCACCCCGCCCUUCCGUCACCAUAGCGACGCUGCGCCCAUGUGACCCCGCCCCCCCAACCUCCGCCGCCUCACGUGACCAGGACGUGACGCAACCACGGGGCGGCGAGGGCUGCAGAGAGCACGACCCCCCCCCGGGAGGAGGGGCCUCCUCGGAGCAGAUCAUGAGGACGGGGGCGCUGCUGCUGAGGGGCUUCAUCCGGGAUCACGUGGAGCGCUGCGGGGACGAGGCCGCGCUCGCCCUGGGCCGGGCGGAGCUGGGGGCGGAGCCGGAGGCGGGGCCAGCGCCGGGGGCGGGGCCAGCGCGGGGCGCGCCCGACACGAAGCGGCUCGGAGAGUGCCUGAGGAGGAUCGGGGAUGAGCUGGACCGGAACGCGGAGCUGCAGCGGAUGAUCGCGGACGUGGGCUGCGAGGCCCCCAAGGAGCUUUUCUUCCGCGUGGCCGCCGAGAUCUUCUCGGACGGGGCCUUCAACUGGGGCCGCGUCGUCGCCCUCUUCUACUUCGCCUGCAAGCUGGUGCUCAAG